UAGAUGGAACCACCUAGGCGGUGGGAGAGAGGGCGGGAUUGCCCCUUCAGGGAGAUUGUCCCUUUGGCUUUGGACAGUGCCACCUGUGUGGAACAAAUAGGGCUGCCUUGGUCGGUCCCACUUGCAGUUUUGGAGCUAUACCACAUGGGUGGAGCCGUGGACUAAUAGGAUGGUAGCACUGGGGAGCCAAAGGGCAAGUUCGGGCAGUACUACCCAGCGUCGAAGGGCAGCAGGCAGGGUGGCCCGGUAUGGGCCCUAGGCCUCGGUUCUGAGCUUGUACCGCCUCCCUCCCCUGGGAAUGGCGUUGUCUGGGUCGACCCCAGCCCCGAGCUGGGAGGAGGAUGAAUGCCUGGACUACUACGGGAUGCUGUCGCUUCACCGUAUGUUCGAGGUGGUGGGCGGGCAACUGACCGAGUGCGAGCUGGAGCUCCUGGCCUUCCUACUGGACGAGGCCCCCGGCGCUGCUGGCGGCUUGGCCCGCGCCCGCAGCGGCCUGGAGCUGUUGCUGGAGCUGGAGCGCCGCGGGCAGUGCGACGAGAGUAAUCUGCGGCUGCUGGGUCAACUCCUGCGUGUGCUGGCCCGCCACGAUCUGCUGCCUCACCUGGCGCGCAAGCGGCGCCGGCCAGUGUCUCCAGAACGAUAUAGCUAUGGCACCUCCAGCUCUUCAAAGAGGACAGAGGGCAGCUGCCGUCAUCGUCGUCGGCAGUCAAGCAGUUCUUCAGAUUCUCGGCAGGAUCAGUGGGAGACAGGCUCCCCUCCAACCAAGCGGCAGCGGAGGAGUCGGGGCCGGCCUAGUGGUGGUGCCAGACGGCGGCGGAGAGGGGGUCCAGCUGCUCCGCAGCAGCAGGAGCCAGCCAGGCCUGCUUCCGAAGGCAAAGUGACUUGUGAUAUCCGGCUCCGGGUUCGAGCAGAGUACUGUGAGCAUGGGCCAGCUUUGGAACAGGGCGUGGCAUCCCGGCGGCCCCAGGCACUGGCACGGCAGCUGGAUGUGUUUGGACAAGCCACUGCAGUGCUGCGCUCAAGGGACCUGGGCUCCGUGGUGUGUGACAUCAAGUUCUCAGAGCUCUCCUAUCUGGACGCCUUCUGGGGUGACUACCUGAGUGGUGCCCUGCUGCAGGCCCUGAGGGGCGUGUUCCUGACUGAGGCCCUGCGUGAGGCCGUGGGCCGGGAGGCUGUCCGCCUGCUGGUCAGCGUGGACGAGGCCGACUAUGAGGCUGGCCGGCGCCGCCUGUUGCUGAUGGAGGAGGAGGGGGGGCAACGCCCAACAGAGGCUUCCUGAUCCUGGAUCUAGCAGGACUAAUGCCACCUCUGAGUCUUCGUGCCACUUCUCCCCUGGAGGACAACCAUCUCUGCCCCUACAGGACUGUCACUUCAGCAGCUCUGAGGACUGUGAUAGGACCAGGAUGGCACGCCCCUUGACAGCCCGCCCCUUGACAGCCCCUUCCACAGGAUGUGGGUUGUGAGGCCUAAACCACUUCCAGCUGAGUUUCCUUCCCAAAUUCUCCCCCACCCCUGUGUUUCAUCGGCCUUAGGAGGCCAGGAGCACCUGGGUCCCCAAAGGGAGGGAGGCAAAGCCACACACCAACAGCCCCCUGCACAUUCUGUCUCUGAUCCUGGGCUGUCUGCACAUGCACGGGUGCACACACAUGCGUGCAAACACACGCUCAUACACACUGCCCCCACUGAAGUCUUCCCACAGCCCUUACCCUGGCCUGUUCCACACACUUUGGCCUAAUGGCUUAUCUCUCAGGAUCUCUAAUUUGACCACCCCCAACCUGGACUUCAGCCACGGUAGUGGGCACUGGAGCCAGGGUGCACGUGGGGCCUGCUCACCUUGUUUGCACAUCUCUAGCCAGGGCUCUGCCCAGCUUUCAUCACCCCCCUCCACCUUCCCCUGCUUCCCAGAGCUAGACAGAGACUUGUAUUCAUACCCUCACAUGUGGAUGUUGUGGCGGCAUCAGACUAAGGUGUACUGUUGUCCAUGAGGCCAGGACCAGGAAACAACUGCCUUCUUGAAAAGGGAAGAGAAAGGCUUGGGGGCUGAUGGGAAAGGCCUUUCUGAAAUGGCACCAAUAAAACUGCCCUGGAAGGGGGCGUAGGUGGGCAUCA